GAGAAGUCUGAGUUUGGACUGUGGCUUCCAGAGCCUGGAUUUAUCCAGCAGCGAUCCUGAUGUUGGACUAUAAAUUCUGACAUGGACUGAUCUGAUCAAAACCUUUCCAAAAAUGGCGAACGCAGACAGUGAGGUCAAGACUUUGCUCAAUUUUGUGAACUUGGCAUCCAGCGAUAUCAAAGCAGCCUUGGACAAGUCAGCUCCGUGCAGACGCUCCGUGGAUCACAGGAAAUACCUACAGAAACAACUCAAGCGUUUCUCCCAGAAGUACUCCAGAGUCCCAAGAUGCCACGCGCACAGAUCUCCUGAGUAUGGGUGCGUGAAACCGGUGGGGGCUGCCCACCAGAGUGUGAAGGUCGUCGAGAAGGCCGGCAACUCGGAUGCUCAAGGUGUGGAGAGUUCAGGGAGCGCUGUGGAGCAGGUGCCCAUGAGGAAGCGACAGCUCCCUGCGUCGUUUUGGGAGGAACCUAAGUUGACCCAAACUAAGAGGGAGCACCCAAAUGUAGGGUUGAAAAAGCAGCAUGCAGCUGAUGGCAAUGACAAAAAGAAGAGGAGUCAUGAUGAUGGAAAAGCUGCUCUGUCUGCGGAGAAAGAGGCGCUGAAAUUGGACCUGAGCUCUCAUCACUGCGUCAGCGUGUGCGCCUGCUGCCCCUUCCAGUACCACGGACACCAGGUCCUCCACAGUCACAUUGUUGUCCCCCACCCGCCCCUGGGGCUGUGGAGCAAGGCAGCAGGGACUGAAACAGAGAGACCUGAGCAUCCUUAUGGACAGAAAAUACACACGCACGUGGUGGUCAAACCCAUCCCCACCAAACCAACCGUUCAGUCUCCCAUAUUCAGCGUGUUUGGAUUCAUUUAA